AUGGAUGAACACGACGAAAACGAGGUUUUAUCCGAUGAUAAUAAUUUAAAUGUUAAAGAAAAAAAGAAAAAACCUGGUAUUGUAUAUUUAGGAACUUUACCUCCUUUUAUGAACGUUACAAAAGUAAAAGAUUUAUUUUCAAAAUAUGGCGAAUUAGGAAGAAUUUUUUUACAACCUGCCGAAACUAAGACAGGUAAAACUAAAAAAAGUAAAAAACCUCCUCUACAUUUUUCCGAAGGUUGGAUAGAAUUUAAAAGUAAAAAAGUAGCUAAAAUGGUGUGCCACUCAUUAAAUAAUACACAAAUAGGUGGGAAAAAAAGUUCGAAAUUUUAUGAUUACAUGUGGAAUAUAAAAUAUUUACCUAGAUUUAAAUGGAUUCAUUUGAGUGAAAGGUUAGCUUAUGAAAGAGCUGUACAUAGGCAGAAAAUGAGAGCGGAAAUUGCACAGGCUAAAAAAGAAGCUAAUUUCUUUGCUAAAACUAUCGAAAGAAAUAAAAAACUUAAAAAAUUAAAUGGAAAUAGUGAUCGUGUUAAUAAUUAUAAACAAAGACAGACUGAAAAUGAAAUAUUAUCGAGUAAAGAUCCGGAUAAAAGUAAUAAUAAUGAUAGGAAGGAAUUUUUAAAAUCGCUUUUUAAUAAUUCCUGA